AUGCACGACUUAAUUCACGGCAGUGAAGAUGACAGUGCAUUAGUUCCCCCAAAGGGCACCAUCAACUAUUUCCAUUUCCCCGCGAACAACAUGUUUUGGGCUGAACGAGCUAUCAAACGGUACCUCAAGCAAAAGCCCGGCCCUACAUCCGAUCAACCUCACGCCAACACUCAGAAAGGGACAUCGGAUCAUACCGCAAACAACGGACCUCCUCUGGAGCAGGGGCUCUUCGCAUCACGGUUUUGGAAAAGCCAACAGCAGUCGUCUUCAGUCACGGGAAAGUACCUUGGACCAAUGUGCGAGGCAAUCCCUGGACCCACAGAAGAGAGGCAGGACAGCAUAGCUUUGUUUGUAGGACGCCACGAUGCUGCGAUGCUCAGUUCAAAAGCUAAAGUCAGCUCACAGAUGCCCUAUCCCCACUGGGAUACAGCCCGCCACCAGGUCAAGAUCUCGGAUGCAGUCCAGAAGGAGGAGGAAAAAUAUAAAAGGGACAAGAUCAUGAACGAACAAAGACUCAGAGGCAUGCGUAGAGUCAGACAGAGGGGACUCCAGCUCCUCAAUGCCCAGAGUCGCCAGCCUGGUUCGGAAUGGCGCCUAGAAAACCGCGAUUUGGAAAAACCUCGGACGAUUGCUGCUAGACCACCGAAAAGAACAGCCACGGGCGCCUUCGCAAACAUCAUGAAGCGGCAAGGCCGGUUCCGCAGGCUGCCUCUGUGGUCGGUUUUCAACACUGAUGCGACCGGAAGAGUGAUGGCUGGCACGGAAAUCGGCCAAGUGCUGUUCGAUGCCGCAGUCCUUUACGAGGCCAUGUCCACACACAGGGAGAAGAGCCUCAUCAGAAAGUACCUGCAUUCAGAUCCACCGCUCCACCCACGCCGUACCCUUGAGCAGACCAACGAAUGGACAUUAAGCUUGUCGUGGCAUGCUAGUGCCAGGGACCAAGUCGUGCACCGCGCAACCAGACCCAAGCAGCUGGACUUCCACUCAGUCGACCCUUCCACCAAGGAGUGGAGGGACAGAAUCCGUAAGUUGCCUCGUGUGAUGAUGAUUGACCAACUCUGGAUGUGGAUCCUCGACGACCAAACCAUUUUCACCUGCUUUCCAGAACACGGUGACCUCAGCCAUCAUAAUCAUCUCCCGGGGAUUCACAGCCGUAUCCGGGAUGCCGUUCUGAAAAAUGGCAAGGAUGCUGUUCGAACUGUCUCAGACAUGGCGCUUGUCAUCCUCAGUGAACCGCAAGAUGGGACACUUCUUGUCAUGCAGCUUUUCAGACAAGCGAUUCGUGAUGUGGCCACCAAGCAUUCAUUCGGCGCCGAACAAUACUGGGAGUGGGCAAGGAUCUUCUCCCGGCUGGCACACACUGACGUCGACAACGGCUUGAGUGACUUGAUCGUGCCUUUCCUUGACAUCGGAAAGGAAGGUGAGCUUCAAGGGCAGAUCAAAAGUGUGGUCAGGGACCUCCAAAUCAUGCUUCACAUUACCAAGGGGCAGCUUGAGGUGCUUCAAAAGUUCGAGAGAUGCAUGUUGCAGAUUUCUCGACGCAAGAGCACUGUCAACACGGAGCCACUACUCACGGAUGUCCAGAAUUGCAUACAGGAUUUGGAAGACAUGGCUCGGACUGCGGAAGGGAUUUCGACCAGCUUGGACUACCUCAUCUCAUUGAAGCAGCAACAAGUCACCGUCGUGCAAGCCUGGCAGUCAAUGAAAGAAGCUGAGGACACCCGGAAACAGAAUGUUACUUUCAUCGUGGCAAUCACAUACUACUUGGCCUUCGGCAACCCCUGGAGGGUGUCGCGCGACAUCUUCCGCUGGGUGUACAUGAAGUGCGGAAUGUACCAGAUCUUUGCCCCACGAGAUCUCACACUCUCAUCCCUGAGGGACAAGUACAAGGACCGGUCCAAGAGGAAGGAGGCAGAGCAGGCCUGGGAGCGCCGCCGUUCCGCCCAGAUGGCCAAGGACAACCAGGAGAGGAGGGCUGCUCUGAGGCGUCCGGCGAUGGUGGCCCAGCAGACGUCUGAGGCCAUGUCUCCUGACACACCCAUCAUGACGCCGAUCACGUCUGACGAGCCGAGCACUGGAAUGUUUGCUGUGUACCAGGAAAUGACCAAUACUCCGACGAAGGGGCGCACACCGAAUUCGUAG